AUGAAGAUUUCCAACCUCUUCGUCGCAGCUCUGAUACCCCUCAGCCAUGCAUCGCCCAAGACCGUCUCGGCGCCUGAACUGCAGCUGGUAGAGCUCCUAGAAAAGCACAACCUCGCACUUGUUCCUCGGUCAGAGUUGACAGAUGCGCUGAAGGAGCUCAACGUGCUACUCAAGAGCAGCGCCAGUCUCCGAUCGCCAGUCUUGCUCAAGCGCCAAAAUGCCACAGACUCGGGUUCCAGCUCGAGUUCAGAUGAUGGAGACUCCAGCAACCGGGGCAUAAGUAUUCCUGGGCUCGGUGACCUAGGAGAGUCUCUCGGCGGCCUUACCAAGGCGCUCGGAAAUCUCGAAGGUCUUUUGAAAGCUCUCGGUGACUUGCUCACCCCCGAGUUUCUCCAAGCUUUCCACGAUGCCAUGGUCUACCUCGCCGCGACCUUGAAGCCGCCUGUUCCCAACACCAUCAGGGCACUUCUCACAAAGGCUGGUCCACUCAUUGAUGUGGUGUCAGAACUGGACUUGAAAGGACUGGUCGAUGAGAUUAAAGAUGUCGAUAUCGCUGGCAUUGUCAACAAGGUCCUUAAGCUCCUCACAACCGACAAUCUCAACAACAUUGACAAUCUUUUGUCAAAUGGUGCAGCUCUUCUGACACCCGGCUUUGUCAACGGCACACAGUCUCUCAUUCAAGAUGUUUCGCCUUUACUUGGUGAUUUGUCUCCACUACUCAAGAAGCUGACGGAUCUUGACCUUGACGGGAUACUCGAAGCUUUGGGACCCCUGCUUAAGAAGGAGUCCAUCGAAGAUGUCGUGAAGCUGGUUGAUAGCGCACAAACAUUGCUGUCGCCAACUUUCGUCAAGCAAAUCCAAUCCCUGGUUAAGGACGUCUCGCCCCUGCUAGGUGAUCUAUCGCCACUCCUCAAGAAGCUUACAGAUCUUGAUCUUGAUGGCAUUCUUGAAGCUUUGGACCCGCUUCUCAAGAAAGACUCGAUCGAAGAUGUUGUUUCUUUGGUCAAAAACGCAGGAAAUCUACUGUCGCCCAAUUUCGUCAACCAGACACAAUCCCUCAUCGAAGACAUCGGCCCCGUACUCGGCGACAUCUCACCGCUUCUGAAAGAGCUUACAAAACUGGAUCUCGAAGGCCUCUUGGACGCCAUUAAGCCGUUGUUCACCGAGGACUCGAUCAAAGGCAUCGUCAGUCUGUUGAAGAAUGCCGGUGACCUCUUGACGCCAAAAUUUGUUGAUCAGACCCAAGGGCUCAUCGGCGGGAUUGGUCCAGUAAUCAAGGAUCUUUCUCCAUUCCUGAAGGAACUCACAAAGUUGGACCUCGAAAACAUCUUGAAAGCGCUGCAGCCGCUUCUCAAGGAAGACUCUAUCAAGAGUAUCGUGGCCCUUGUCAAGAAUGGAGGAGACCUCUUGACACCCAAGUUCGUUGAUCAGACGCAAGAGCUCAUCGGCAGCGCAUCACCGCUGAUUGACAAAUUGUCUGACAUUGACAUCAAGGGGGUCCUGGAUGCUUUGAAGCCGGUUCUCACCAAGGACUCGAUCCAGGGAAUUGUACAGCUUUUGCGCAACGCAGAAUCGCUGUUGACAAAAGAUACUGUCACAAGUCUGAAGUCACUUCUUUCUACCGCAUCUCCGUUGAUCAAGAAGCUCUCGGAUAUCGAUCUGAAAGGAGUCCUUGAUGCCUUGGCACCAAUCUUGACCAAGAAUUCGAUUCAGGGCAUCGUGAACUUGCUGCGAAAUGCCGAGUCGUUGUUGUCAAAGGAUGCCGUCACGAGCAUCAAGUCUCUCUUGUCAAGCGCUGGGCCGCUCAUCGACACCCUUGCAGACAUCGAUCUUGCAGGCGUCUUGAAAUCCUUGGCGCCUCUACUUACCAAGGAAUCUGUCAAUGGCAUCGUCGGGCUCCUCGAGAACGCUGAGUCUCUCCUGACGAAGGCCACGGUCAAGGACAUCAAGACUCUCCUCUCAAGCGCAGGUCCUCUCAUCAAUGGCCUUGGCAAGAUUGACUUGAAGGGAGUCCUUGAUGCACUACAACCCCUUCUUACCAAGGACUCCAUCAAAGGUUUGAUUGACUUGCUCGGAAACGCUGAGGAUCUCUUAACCAAGGAUACCGUCAAGAGUAUCAAGUCACUUCUUUCGAGUGCAGCCCCCCUUAUCACCAGUCUAGGAAAGAUUGAUCUGAAAGGGGUCCUUGACGCAUUGGCACCCUUGCUCACCAAGGAUUCCAUCAAGGGGCUGGUUGCGCUUCUCAACAAUGCCGAAGAUCUUCUCACCAAGAAUUUUGUCUCUCAAACGAAAUCUCUGAUCUCCAAGGCCGCACCUCUCCUCGACAGUCUAGACAAGGCCGACUUGAAGGGCUUGCUUGACCAAGUGGGACCACUCUUGAAGGAGAUCAGCAAGCUUGAUCUGGACAAGCUGCUGGCUGCCGUCCAACCCUUGCUCACGUCUGAUUCAAUCAAGGGUAUCGUUCGCCUCCUGGACAAUGCCGAAGAUUUACUGACGAAGAAAUUCGUCAAUGAGACUCAAUCAUUGAUCUCUGGGGCGGUUCCUCUGAUAUCCGCACUCGGUGAAGUUGACCUCCCUGAUCUGAUCGAUCAGAUAUCUCCUUUGCUUUCGGAAAUCAGCAAGAUCGACCUCGUGAAGCUGGUCAAGAAACUGUCACCCCUACUGGAUGAGAUCAGUGAUCUUGACAUUAAAGGCCUUUUCGAUGCUAUCUCGCCCUUGCUCUCCCCUGACGGCGUGAAAGACAUUACGGAACUGCUGGGCAACGCAGAGAACUUGCUCACCAAAAGGUUUGUCAAUCAGACACAUACUCUUAUUGACGAAGCUGUUCCUCUGGUCUCAGCCCUGGGCGAAAUCGACUUAAAGAAGCUUAUUCGUCAACUGCAACCUUUGCUUGAAGCACUUGGGGAAAUUGACUUCAUGGACCUGAUAGAGAAGGUCAAGCCAUUGCUUAAUGCUCUUUCGAAGAUUGACCUGGCUGGCUUGGUGAAGAAGAUCCUUCCGAUACUUGACUCAUUGGAGGAGAUAGAUCUCGAGGCCAUUUUCAAUGUUUUGAAGCCGUACCUUACUCCCAAGACUCUGAAGGGCUUGCUUGGUCUUGUGGGCAACGCCGAAGACCUUCUCACUGACAAAUUUGUCAAUCAAACCCAUACACUCAUAGGAGGUGCAGUGCCAUUGAUCAACGUCUUGAACAAGGUCGACAUCGAAGGACUAUUCGGGAUCGUUGAACCGCUGCUGAAGGAGUUGGACGGCAUUGACCUGACAGGUCUCGUCGACGCCGUAAAGCCUCUUCUCAACGCCCUCAAGAAGAUUGACAUCAAGGGAAUUGUUGAACAGGUGUUGCCUUUGAUCACGCCUUCCAGUGUCAAGGGCAUUUUGGGGCUCUUGGGCAACGCUGAAUCUCUCCUGAGUCGGACAUUUGUGUCGCAAGUGUCGGAGCUCAUUGGUGAUGCAACACCGCUCGUUGCUACUGUAGCAGAUCUUGUUCACGCUGUGCUGAAGGAGUUGAUGGGAAGAACGUAA